AUGUCUGAUGUUCUUAUCCUCAUCUCCAUUGCCUUAACAAUAACAUUCAGUGAUCAUUUUUCAAAGGCAACAAAUCUACCUGAAAGGAUCACUGACAUUGUCCGUUGCAACAACAAUAAAGUCUUCUCAGGGUCAGGAUCAUCUGGCGAGCUGAAAUACAGAUUCAGACAAUCAAAACUGAUUUUAGGACAUGAGACAAAAGGUCGUCAUCACGGGGAUUCCCCUGUUUUGUGUCCUGAAAACAAAAAGUGUUCAAGUAAGGGGGAAAAUCAGAUAUUAUUCGCGCAAAAGAAGCAUCCGGAGAGAAAGUAUAAACGGAUUCUGAAGCAAAUAAGAAAGGCAAGAAAUGUUCAGUUUCAACACAAUAAGCAAAGUAUAAGAGAUAAGACGAUUUUUUUCCCACAUCCGUGGUUUUUCCCUCCAAACCCAUUUGCACCACCACAUUCUAUUUUGCCACCAAACCCUUUUGCCCCACCACAUUCGAUUUUCCCACCUAACCCGUUUAAGCCACCGCCUCCUUCGAUUUUCCCUCCAAAUCCGUUUCAUCCACCGCCUCCUCCGAGGUUCCCUCCAUUAUUUCCUCUGCCUCCUCCUCCGUCUAUAUUCCCUCCAAUAUUUCAUCACCCUCCACCUUCUCCUCCUCCAUCGUUUUUCCCUCCAAACCCAUUUCAGCCUCAUCCUCCUGCACCUCCUCCUCGAUCAUUAUUCCCUCCAAUAUUUUCUCCGCCUCCAGCUGCUCCACCUCCUCCACGAUCAAUGUUUCCUCCAAAUCCAUUUAAGCCACGGACUCCUCAGCCUUCUCCCGCUCCUCCACCUCCUCCACGGUCAAUGUUUCCUCCAAACCCAUUUAAGCCACAUCCUCCUCAGCCUUCUCCAGCUCCUCCUCCACCAUUAUUCCCUCCUAUCAUUCCUCAGCCUCCUCCAGUUUCCCCUCCUCCUCGAUCAUUUUUCCCUCCAAAUCCAUUUCAGCCUCGUCCUCCUCAGAUUCCUCCAGCUCCUCCUCCAUCGUUUUUCCCUCCUAUAGUUCCUCCACCUCCUCCUGCACCACUUCCACCUCCUCCAUCUUUUUUCCCACCAAACCCAUUUAAGCCUCGUCCUCCACUUCCCAGUACUCCUCCACCACGCUCUCUAUUUCCUCCACUGCCGCCAAUCUUUCCAGGUCUACAUCCUCCUCCUCCACCACCUCCUCCUCCCUCUCACUCUAUUUUUCCAAUUCCGCCAUUCCCAUUCUUUCCACCACCUCGUAACUCUGGCCCUCCUCCUACUCCACAUUUUUCAGAAAAUAAACAACAUACUUAA